GCCCUUCAUUCGUAUGUCCCCUUGAAAGCAUCGUUAGGCGUCUGUCGCACUUUUAGUCCGUUAAAUAUGACCGUGUGCCUCCAGAAGAGUGAUUCACUUCUGUUUGUGCAGCUAUAAAAGGAUCGAGCUAUUGAAAAGUCGUAAAAUGAAGCGCGCUAUCAAUCACGCAGCAACUGUUCAGAACAAACAAUGUAAUGAUUUCACAUGAUCGUUAUUGUUGAGGCAAUGCAGUUGAUUUUCUAGCUGCUAUACGCGGGCAAAAACAAAUGUGAGCAGCGAUAAAGGCGUUAGUCCAUGCAUGUGAAUAAUAUCAAAUGUACAAAUUUAAAAAUAAAUAAUGGUUCCAUUUAGAACCAGAACUUAUCGUUGGAGAAGGUGCUUUUCAAGAACUUUUAUUUUGUAGUCUGUAAACGAAAAAGGGGAUCAAAUUAUUACAACUCCAGCGAGAUAAAACAACACAACCGCGUUCGAUUUAUAUUUACGUCUCUGUUAUAAAGCCACAUCCACAUCCCAAUUCAGAAAGCCUCAGUCUAUUUCCUGGCCAAAAGCGAAGUGUGAGAUGAACACAAACCCGAGAUCUUCCAUUACGCGCCCGGUGCCUCGUUCGCCUUCUCUGACAUUUCGGAUAUCAAAACGCAGCGCAAGAACAAUUGUUUCCAAAUUGAAUCCGCACUCUCUUCCUUUCCUCAUUUUCAGAGAGGCAUAUACAUUUCCCCGGCGAGUCAAGAGUCGCAUCUGACCCGGCGUCUGGAAGCGAGCGCUCUUGUUCUUACCAGCAGAUUGGUGGCUUGUCAAAAAAGAGUGGAAAGUUUCUCGCUCGGACGCGUCCUUUGUGCGCGCUGAAAAGACACCAUUCACUCUUGCAAAUAAAGGAGUUCUUUAAACCAUCCCACUGACAUCUGCUUAGAGUCUGUUUGCGCUGGUUGUCUGAUAUUUUUCAUCGGCUCCGCGUGUGACAAAAGCUAUUGUGUUAAUUGGUGUAAAUGCAGGUUCGUUUAUUGGUGGGCUGCACUGGCACUCGAGUGGUCUUUGCAUGAAAUAAAUCAAGUUAAUUUGGGGCAAUUGGAUGAAAAAUCAAUGCAACGAAUACAAUUUGUCAGUGUAGAGUGUUUAAAGUCUAAAUGUAUCUAUUUUGGUGCGAAAGUCCUCGCACUCCCCCUUGCUUCGGCGGGGUUUCCCUGUGUCUGCGCGCAUCAGUCCUGGAAGCCUAUUUCUGACUCUGACUUUCCACCGAAUUAUGCACAUAAUUUGCUCACAUAUCAUUUACUCUUAAGUUCCUCCCGCCGUGACAGUCGGGCCUAAACACUACUAAAUCAGCCCUAAUUUAUACUGAUCUCGCUAAUAAUCGCAAUAAAAAAAGCUUAUAGAUUUGGCACUAAUUACAUAAAAGCCUAAUGAUGUUGAAAAUUACCCUGGUUUGAGAUGUAUGGCUAAUCUAAACUUUGUUGUUGGCUGCCCCGGGCUACUAGAAACAUUAGAAGAGGUUCACUUCGUCUCCAAAUGGCGAGAGUUGGACAUGGCACGACACGAAGGCCGCGUUUUUUUCCACGAGGAAACGCGAAAUUAUCACUAACGAUUAAGUGACAAUAGUGGAAAAUCUCGGGGAACUUUUUAAUUAAACCGCAAAACUCGCUGGAGAUUGUUUUUUGGAUGUAAUGCACACGCGUAAAACCCAGGCAAAUCAAAUGAGUUCGUAUCAUUCGCGGUUUAAUCGUUCAGUCCAGUAAUAAACUUCGGGAAGCCAUUACUAAACCAUACGGCUUUGAUAAGGAUGACACGUUUAUAUAACAAUAGUUUAAUUCGCUGUUUCUCCUCAAAUAAUCAGGGCCCCCAUCAACGGUUCUGGCAUCACGCUCAAUUAAACAAAUUCUGAGGGAGUUUCUCGAAGAGCUUUCUGAAAGAGGUCAUUGUAUAGGUUAUAAUUUGGGAGUCGGGAUCAAAAACGAGGAGAAAUGAACUUGGGAGGGCAGCAAGAGAGGCAUCGCGCGCAUCUGACACCUCCAGCCUUCAACGCUGAUUGGCUCUCAUUUGAAGGGGCUCAUGGGUUCAUUCAACUAUUAAGCGCCUCCCAGUUUCUCUAAAGGACAUUAUAAUGCAAGGAACCUCCUUUUUAACCACAAACCGAAUUUGCUUUCAUUUAGGCCAUAUAUAUUUUUUAAAUAGUUUAAAGUCAUAGAGAUUUUUUUGGAAAAGCAUUUCGCCCUGGAGCGGCGCGCGAUGCUUUCGCACGCCGACCUGCUGGAUGCUCGCCUCGCAAUGCUCGGUGCAGAUUAUGAGCUCACUCAGUUUCGACCUGUUUUAUCUGCUUCAGGGAUGAAGGAUGCCGCGGCCGAGCUUCUGGGUCACAGGGAGGCAUUGAAAUGCAGGCUGGGCGGCGGCGGAACUGACCCGGGCCACCCCGGAGAACUCGCCCCGGUCUCCGACGCAGUGGAAGGGGCCACCCUUCUCCCCGGAGACGAUAUCAACAGUGCUGGAUCCAAUCCGCCGGGUGUGGCGGUGAACAGUAAGGAACAGGAGAAGCAACAGCAGCAGCAACAGAACCCCACUCAGUCCAGCGGCCAGCAGAGUCAGAAACAGAAACGGCACCGGACUCGCUUUACUCCGGCUCAGCUUAACGAGCUGGAACGCAGCUUCGCCAAAACCCACUAUCCGGACAUCUUCAUGCGCGAGGAGCUCGCGCUGCGGAUCGGCCUGACGGAAUCACGCGUGCAGGUUUGGUUUCAGAACCGACGCGCCAAAUGGAAGAAGCGCAAGAAGACCACCAACGUGUUUCGCGCUCCCGGCACUUUGCUGCCCACUCACCACGGCCUAGCGCAGUUUGGCUCCGCUGCGGCGGCCGCGGCAGCCAUGGGCGACAGCUUGUGCUCUUUCCACGCUAAUGACACCCGAUGGGCGGCGGCCGGGAUGCCGGGAGUCUCCCAGCUGCAGUUACCGCCCGCCCUAGGCCGACAACAAGCCAUGGCACAGUCUCUAUCCCAGUGCAGCCUGGGCGCCGGACCACCGCCCAACUCCAUGAGCCUGUCCAACAUGUCCUCCAACGGCUCCGGCCUCCAGUCCCACCUCUACCAACCCACCUUCCCCGGCAUGGUGCCCGCGUCGCUCUCUGGCCCCACCAACGUGACCGGCUCGCCUCAGCUGUGUAGCUCCCCGGACACUGACGUCUGGAGAGGGACGAGCAUCGCGUCCCUGCGCCGCAAAGCACUGGAGCACACAGUGUCCAUGAGUUUCACCUAAUACUUUGAACGUGUUUCUCGUCCAUCCGUCAUUUCUGGCCCAGUGACGCACAAGGAAGUCUAAGGAUAGGCCGACGACUGUCCUGUAGUAAACAUGAACUGUGCGCACCAGAUGGAAAUAAAACCUAAAGCAUCAUAGGCUGAAAAUAAAAACGAAAUGUAUUUAUUUAUGAUGUCCUAUUUAUUUAUUUAUUUAUUAGCACUUUCGUUUUGCAAAUUCAAAAAUGUCAACAACAUGGACAGAAAAAUCCUGCACAUUUGCAUUUGAGAAAAAAGGUGAGAGACGGUGCACUAGUUAUUAUCAUUAUUAUUAUUAUUAUUAUUAUUAUUAUUAUUAUUAUUAUUAUUAUUAUUAUUAUUAUGAAAGAAAUCGUUCAGAUUUUAGGACUGUUUUAUGAUUCGGUGGAAGAAAGAAAGGAAAGUGUCUCAAAAAGAAUGAAGAAACUGCAUGUGCCGACCAAGGUAAAGAACAACACAACAACGGGGAACUGUCAUUUAAAAGAAAAGUAUGACUUUGUUAUAUGCUGUUAUAUAAGAUGUUUUGUGUAGAUAACGCAUUCUUAACUUGUUCUCAUUCGGUCAGUUUGUGAUAUGUUCUCAGUUCAUGUAUGUGCUUAUACCAAUAUAACUUUCUUAAAUGUUUGAUCUUAUUCUUAAAGGCUGUUUUGUUUCCUGGACAUGUUUAUAACGAUUGAAUGUAAAUUAACAAAUAAAAUCAUUUUCAAUAUGUCA